AGUCAUUGUGGUAGCAGCAGGAGAACAGUGUGGAGGGAAGCCGCCAUCGCUUGUUUCUCGCUCUAUAACUUAUUAUUGAAGCUAUCGUUGAACCUGACUGGUGACGGUGUCCGACAAUGAUCAUCCCUAUCCGCUGCUUCACAUGCGGGAAGAUCGUGGGUAAUAAGUGGGAGGCAUACCUCGGCCUGCUCCAAGCAGAGUACACUGAGGGUGAUGCCCUUGAUGCCCUGGGCCUGAAGAGAUACUGCUGUCGGAGGAUGCUCCUUUCUCACGUGGAUCUUAUUGAGAAGUUAUUGAAUUAUGCUCCACUGGAGAAGUGAUUGCUACUUGCUACCUCCAAGAACUGCAGGGACUUUGUGGGGAUGUGACAUGGACAGAGUCAUGUUAUUAUGGUUUUGUCUGACAGAAGAUCACAGUGAAGACUUUUGAAAUGUUAAUUUGUUUUUCUAAAUAAAGCUAUCAAAUGAC